CUCAAGGGCGGGGCUUGGGCACAAGAUGGCUGCCGCGCGCCUGGAGCCCCCUAGUCCAAGCUCACGGACCUUGGAGUCACGUUCCCCGGAGCCACGGGACUUGGUCCUGGUGCCUGAUGAUAGCCGCUCCAUCACACCCCCCAGUGACCUCAUCGAGAUCCAGGUGGUGAAGGUGACUGACACCACGCUGGUGCCUGAACCCCCGGAGCCAGGUUCUUUUCACUGUGCCUUGUGCCCAGCUGCCUUCCGGCUGGUUUCCGAUCUGCUGUUCCAUGAACAUGGCCACCUGGCAGGGGCUGAAGGAGGAAGGCAGGGUGGGGACCCAAGCCGGUGUCAUGUGUGUGGCCACAGCUGCGCGGGUCCUGCCAGCCUCCGUGCCCACUACAGCUUGCAUACGGGAGAGCGGCCCUACCGCUGCCCGCGCUGCCCUCGUGCCUUCAAGGCCUUGGCGCCUCUGCUCCGGCACCAGCACCGACACGGGGUGGAGCCAGGGAGCUCUCAGAGGCCUCCAGAAACUACACCAAUUGGAGAACAGAGGCCCGGAGUGCCCCAGGAAAGGUCGGAGGUAGUGAUGGCAGCAGCAGCUGCGGGUGCGGCCGUGGGGAAGCCUUUUGCCUGCAGGUUCUGCGCCAAGCCCUUCCGCCGCUCCUCAGAUAUGCGAGACCACGAGCGCGUGCACACAGGCGAGCGGCCAUACCACUGCAGCAUCUGUGGCAAGGGCUUCACACAGUCCUCAGUGCUGAGCGGCCACGCCCGCAUCCACACAGGCGAGCGCCCCUUCCGCUGCAGCCUCUGUGACCGCACUUUCAACAAUUCUUCCAACUUCCGAAAGCACCAGCGUACCCACUUCCAUGGGCCAGGGCCUGGGCUGGGAGACUCUGGAGGCCAGUUGGGGUCAAUAGCUGAGGGGUCCAGGAGCGGGUGUGGGGGAAGGGACACUCUGGAAGAGGGGCAUGGAGAGACAGCGAAAGUGAAGACGGAAGUUGACCAGUAGUCUGGGAGAGCUAAUGCAGGCUCUCCACACCACAGUAGGAGGUAGACUACAGGGGGGUGGGGAUGGGAAAGAGGAUGCAAGGGACAGAAGAGGAGAGAUUGGGGGAGAAACGACAGUUAAUGGGGUGAGCCAUGAGCAGUUACCAUUGGCCAACAGAGGGCAAGAGUCAGGUUCCACACUCCCACAAGCUCAUACAGCACAUCUGCUCUCAGAGGAAGGGACAGAUGUUGCCUUGUGGGUUCCCAGCUAAAGGCAAGGAACAUGGGCUGCAUUUCUCUACCCCAUUUGCCUUGUCAUUGGGUUAUCUUUGUGCAGGACACAGCCUGUCAUAACAGAGCCUGGGCACUGCAAAUGGGGAGCCAGGGUUGAGUGGAAACCUGAGAAUCUGGUACCAUCAUAGUAGUCCUGGUGUAGUCCUUCUGAAAUUUUUUUUGUUUGGAGGGGUGCCUAGAAUGGACUAGGAUGGAAUCUUUUGCCUACCUCAUUGGAUUGCACUGGACCUGGGGUGUCUGCCCACCUUCAGGCAGAAGACACCCAUCAGGUGGUCUUAAAGAUUGGAUCCUGUCACCUCAAAGCCAGAAGGGCCCCAAGUCACAGCUCAGAGCACUUGAGCCUCAAGGAUGUAAGCCUGAUGAUAGGCUCUUGAUUCUAAGAGCAGCUGCCCCCACCCCCAUGAUGGUCCCUCCAUAACCCAUUCAGACUCUUCUUUGGAGGCAAGCAACUACCUAAUGCCCCUCCCCACCCCCAAGCUGUAGGCUCAGAGCCUGUGAUCCCCCCACAUCUACAAAGUAGCCUCGGGUUUCUCUAAUUUCCUCCACUCCCAACUUAAAGCAAACAAUUUACUGCCUAGUCCCAGGCAAUCCCAAAGCAAAAAUGGCUGAUUGGUGCCAUGGUGGGCUGGCCAAGGGUGACAGGAGGGCCUGGGAGCUGGAGGUGAAAAACCUCCAGUUCUGUUCCUAUUAAAGGACCUUCUGAAGGGUUUCUCUAUGUC